CGAACAUGUCCGUCCGCUUGAGUUAGCCUAGCGAGCUAGCGUCACUUCGCUAACCAAAGGAUGUGGCUGGAGGAGCAUCCCCGGGUGUUAUACACCGGCGACAACACAUUCUUAGACGUGGACAAUGCAAGGGGCGCUAAAGAAAAGUGUCCACAAAACGUACAAGACAACGAGCAUGCAAUGGCAAUCAGUGUCAGCGUACUGAGGGAGCUGCCUUGCUCAGUGACUGGAGCUUGCAGUGCAGACAUCAGCACAGAGAUGGAAACAGGCAGUGUUCGCAUACCGACUGCAAAGUACACAAAAAUGGGGGAGACUCUGAGAUAUGUCAUUCCAAGUCACAUGCAGUGCUCUAUGGCUUGUGGAGGCAAAGCCUGUAAAUAUGAAAACCCAUCUCGUUGGAGUGAUGAGGAGCAAGCCAUUAAAGGAUUAUACUCAUCCUGGGUUACAGACAACCUGCUAGCUAUGGCAAGGCCUUCCUCUGAAAUUAUAGAGAAAUAUAAUAUCAUUGAGCAAUUCCAAAGGUGUGACGUGAAGACUGUCAUAAACUUACAACGUCCUGGAGAGCAUUCCAGCUGUGGCAAUCCACUGGAGCAGGAGAGUGGAUUCACGUACCGACCUGAAACUUUUAUGGAAGCAGGAAUUUAUUACUACAACUUUGGGUGGAAAGACUAUGGUGUUGCAUCUUUGACUACACUUCUUGAUAUGGUAAAGGUCAUGUCAUUUGCUAUCCAAGAGGGGAAGAUCGCUGUUCACUGCCAUGCUGGUUUAGGAAGAACAGGUGUGCUGUUGGCUUGUUACUUGGUCUUCACGUGUCGGAUGAACGCUGACCAAGCCAUCCUGUUUGUGCGAGCCAAGAGGCCCAACUCUAUUCAGACUAGAGGCCAGCUGCUGUGUGUCAGGGAGUUUGCCCAAUUCCUAGUUCCUCUCAGAAACAUAUUUUCCUGUGCGGAUUCCAAAGCCAGCGCUGUCACGUUGUCCCAGUACCUAACCAGGCAGCGCCACCUGCUGCAUGGCUACGAAGCGCGACAGAUGAAAAAUGUGCCCAAGUUGGUCCAGCUGGUUUGCAGGCGUCUCAUUGACAUUGCCGCCAACCGGCAAUUGGUGAUGGAAGAAGAGUGGCUGGAGAUUCCCGACCUCACAGCUGAGGUGGAGAAAACUGUAUCCCAACAGGCCCUUCAGCAGCUUGGGAAGGAACUGAGAGGGAAAGGCAUCCCGGUUGCUUCUUGCUCAUCCAAUCCUUUCAGCCUAGUGGAGACCACGCCUGCUCAAAUUCAACCUCUCAUCAGUGACCAUGAGCUUAACCCACUCUGGAGGCAGAAUGCAGCUACCCUUCUUAGAUCCUCCCUCUCCAACAAUAAGAACCUCAGCUUCAGCGAUUCUGUCCUUGACAAACUUGGAGCACACCGGCGGGAUUUGGCAAUUUCGAAGAGCAGCACACGACCGAUUCACUGUCUGACCAAACACUCCCUGUCUCACAGCAACAUCACUUCCUCUUCAUUUCAUCCUCAGGACAUUGCUUCAAGUAUUCUUGAAAGCGGUUCCCCAUUUGUGAAAACUCUUUUGAACAUGGGGGAUCCUGCGUUGCCUUUAGGGAUGUCUAAGCAGCGAAUGCAAGCUGAUUGUGACACCAUACUGCAUGUUUUGUCAAGCAAAAUGCUAGCCAGUCAAGAGACGCAGGGAAUGCAUGUCCCAGCGAAUGAUGGGGAUAACGCCGGGUUUCCAGUGCUUACCCUCCAUUCUGAGCUGUCCCCAGAGAGCAGAACCCUGCAGGUGGCCAAAGCCUUGGCCAUGGACCAGACAGACAAGGAUGUCACUGCCCAGGUCUCAGUGUGGCAGACAGAGUUAAACUCCAAAGAAGGGGCGUGGGAGAGGCUAUGCAUGGAAAGAGACCCUCUGGUGCUGUCCAGUCUCAUGUGGUCAUGGCUGGAACAGUUGAGGGACCCUGUCAUCAGCAGUGGAGAUGUCAAAUCUCUGACUGACAGUGCAAACCCACAGAGGGCAUUCGACUCUUUGGAAAAGGGUCAGCGCCUCACAUUGUUGUGUAUCCUGGACUGUGCUGCUCAUCUUUUGCCAAUGCCUGCAGAAUUGGAGACCAGUAUUCUUCAGCAAACUAUAAAAACCUUGACCAAGAUUGACUCUUCUUCUUCUACCCUGGAGGAGGAUCACUUUUUAUACUCCACACUGAAAGAAAUCCUGACUUCUAUUCUUCAUGAUCUGCACAACAAAGCACAGGUGAAGAAUGGUAACUUUGAAUCAGGCCACUAGGUGACAGUCAAGCAGGGUUAAAGACUACUUUACAGACUAAAAAUACAAUACUGUACUGUAAAAAUACAAUACUGCUUGGCCAAUGAUGGCUGAGUAGUACAUUCCAUAUUAUUUGUAGCUCUUACUACUUUGACAUACUGCCAUACUUUACCAUAAUGUGCCACUGUUUGUUUUGUUGUUAUUAAGUUAGUUUUCGUGUUACUGUUGAAUAUUUCUCAGCUUAGAACGUUGCUGGCUUGUGUAUAAAGCAACGUACUAUAUGCUAACACUAGGAGUGUCACGGUACCCCAUCAUCACCGUACCGUACCGCACGUAUCCUUACGGGUUUCAUCAAAGGUUUCUCGCGGCAACUACAGGGCCCCAAACACCGACAUCAUCCGUUGAAAGCCAUGGGCCCCCAGGACAAUUCCUGUUUCGGGCUUCCAAGAUGUCCAGAACUACUCCUGUUUCCAUCUUAUCCACCUGUUUACAUACAAUGUACCGGAAAGUAUUCACACCGCUUCACUUUUUCCACAUUUUGCUGUUAGAGCCCUUUUCCAAAAUUUAUUAAAAUCAUUUUUGUACAAAAAAAUACAAUACUCUGCGCCUAAAAGAGUGACAGCACAUCACAGUAGCUCCUUUGACGUCCUUCAUUUUACUUUAUUUUUGGUGUUAUUCUCAACAUUUCUUGCUUUUUUUUUAUCACUUAUCUUUACCACAAACCACUAAAUAUGGUUUUUGGGCGCCUUUGUGUGUUUUCGUUACUUUUUC